AUGACUGUCUCAUAUACCUUGAAAGUGGCCAAUGCUCGCUUUGGGGGCUUCUCUAAGCUGCUCUUCCGCUGGAAAGGGAGCAUCUACAAGCUGCUGUACAAGGAGUUUCUGGGCUUCAUUGUGCUGUAUGCAGGACUGAGUGCCAUUUACCGGUACCUUCUUAAUGAAGAUCAGAAACGGCUCUUUGAAAAUGUGGCUAAAUAUUGCAAUCACUCCACUGACCUCAUCCCUCUGUCUUUUGUCCUAGGUUUUUACGUCACACUGAUUGUGAACCGUUGGUGGGCCCAAUACACCAGCAUUCCCCUGCCAGAUCAGUUGAUGUGCGUCAUUUCCAGCAACGUUCAUGGGAAAGAUGAGAAGGGUCGGAUUUUGCGGCGCACACUCAUUCGUUAUGCCAACCUGUCUUCUGUCCUGAUCCUGCGUUCAGUCAGCACUAGAGUGCUUAAGAGAUUCCCCACUAUGGACCAUAUCGUAGAAGCUGGUUUUAUGACACAGGAUGAACGUAAGAAAUAUGAAAGUCUCCAUUCAGACUUCAACAAGUAUUGGAUCCCUUGUGUGUGGUUCACCAAUCUAGCUGCUCAGGCACGACGAGAAGGGAGGGUCCGCGAUGAUGUGGCACUCAGAUUGCUCAUGGAUGAACUGAACCUCUACCGUGCCAAAUGCAGCAUGCUUUUUCACUUUGACUGGAUCAGUAUCCCCCUAGUGUACACACAGGUGGUCACUAUAGCAGUCUAUUCUUUCUUUGCAUUUUGUGUGGUUGGUCGCCAGUUCCUGGAUCCAGCUCAUGGUGGAGAACUAGACAUGUAUGUUCCCUUGCCCACACUCCUACAGUUCUUCUUUUAUGCUGGGUGGCUGAAGGUGGCGGAACAAAUAAUUAAUCCCUUUGGAGAGGAUGAUGAUGAUUUUGAAACUAAUAAAUUGAUAGACAGAAACUUUCAGGUAUCGUUGCUUUCAGUGGAUGACAUGUACCAGAACUUGCCUCCAACUGUGAAGGACAAAUAUUGGAAUGAAUCUACAGCUCAACUACCCUACACAACGGCCACACUGGCAGAGACCUUGAAACCUUCCUUCAUGGGCUCCACCUUUGAUAUGCGGAUGAGUGAUGACCCAGAGCAGAAUCAGCAGGUCGAUGCAUCACCCAGCAUGAACCGCAUACAGACACCUUUGCUCAACCGCUUUUAUGCUGCUGCUGCCUCUCCAGCAAUUAGCCUCAAAAAUUUUGGGAAGGGCAACCGGAUUUCCCACCCUCAGUUACUGCGCUUGAGAUCUGAGGGUAUCUUUUCUUCUGCCAGUCCCAACUUCAAUCGCAGAGAAGAUCCAGAGGCGGUUGGCCGUAUUGACGAAGAAGAGACAGAGGACGAGGAAACUGGAAUUAGUGAAACCGGUGCUUCUCACAAUGCAGAAAUAGAGAGAAAAGAUAUACCUAUUAUUGUGGUAGGAUCCCUAGAUGACAGCAUCAGCAGUACUGAACCAACAUCUAGCUAAGAUCAACAGAUAACUCAAGAUUUCUGGCUACAAUUAUUUGAUCAACUUUGGCAGGGUUGUCAAACUCAAGGCCCAUGGGCCGGAUCCAGCCCGCGAGGUGCUUAGAUCUGGCCCGCGGAGCUGCCCUGGAAACAGCAGACCGGCCCACGGUGCCUCUGCCAGCAAAAAGGGAGCGUGGGAGAGCCACCCAUGGCCCUCCCAAGCUCCGUUUUCACUGGCAAAGGGUUGCAGGAGGCCAUCCCAGCAGAAAACGGAGCUCGGGAGCCCAUUUUCAUCACAAGAGCGCUUGGGCCACCACAGGCGUCCCUGACAUGAGUGACAUCAAGCUGGCCACACCCACCCCAGCCCCCCAAGAUCAAACAUAACCCUGAUGCAGCCCUCAAUGAAAUUGAGUUUGACACUCCUGAACUGGAGAUAUUUUCAAGUUGUAUUUUUAUAAACCAGAGUUCCUGACCA